AUGAGAUUCAAUACCAAAGAUCUGGCAUUGCUGGCCAGGUGCCCAUCAGGUUGUUUCGGCAAAGAAGGAAAAAUGAAGAUUUGCAGAGUGGUCGGGGAUGAGAAAUUCGAACCAAGGAAGAGAUGGUGCUGACUGAAAGGAAAUCUGCUUUUUCUAAUGAAAAAUAAGAGUUCUGAUGCCUCUGAAGCGGUAAUCCUGGAGCACUGCUGGGUAGUGGAAUUCAGGAGUAAAGCAGAUGUUUCAAUAGGUCUCAAGUUUCGGAGUGGAGAGCCGGAUCUUUACCUUGCAGCCUCAUCGAAGCCAGACCGUGAACCUUGGGCCGUGGCACUGGGAGAGGCCAACUCGGAAGGUUUGCGGAAUAAAAUUCCGCAGCUCCGGAGGCUGAUGAUGGAAAUGAAAGAGGAGAGAUCAUCAGAUGAAGCACAGCAGUUUCUCCCUUCAUCCCAGCUAGACAGUCUAGGAGAGCCCCAGUUUACAAGUAUUCAGAGAAUUGAAAAUGAGCCGAAGCUGGAGUUCAGUCUUGCAUGCAAGGAUCUAGUGGCUGCUACCCGUGAUCGGAAGCUGAAUACAUUUAUCCAAGUCUCAGUGGUGCAUCCAGCAGAGCACAUUUUGACGCGGUACUCCAGCACUGAAAUCGUGGAGGGUACAAAAGAUCCACUGUUUUUGACUGGUGUGACCUUCCCACCGGAAUACCCCAUCUAUGAGGAAACUAAAAUAAAACUAACAGUCUAUGAUGUCAAAGACAAAUCCCAAGACACGGUCCGUACCAGUGUCCUACCCGAUCACAAGGAACCAAGAGCAGAUGUUGGGCGAAGCUUCCUGGGCUGUGCAACUUUUAGAGUAGGAGAUCUGGUAAAGUCAAAGGAGCAACAGCUGACCCUUACCCUCAGAACAUCUGAUGGUGGAAAGACAGUUGGUACCAUUGAAGUCAAUCUUGUGAAGAUGGGAGAGCUAGAGGAGGGGGAAACAGACCACAUCACAGCAGAUACCCAGGAUCAAAAGUGUGCAUUGGUUCGUGAGUGUACAGCCACUGAAGGCAUAAGUGGGAAAGACAACCUGCCCUCCUUAAACGCAGUUUUGAGAAACCCAGUCUGUAAGUUAUAUAGAUUCCCUACUUCUGACAACAAGUGGAUGCGGAUCCGAGAACAGAUGGCUGAGACUACCCUCUCUUUCCAUGUUCCUAAAGAGCUAAUAAACCUGCACAUAAAGGAGGAUAUGAGAAGGAAUCAGGAACUUAAAGACCUGGGAGAUCUUGCUCCUCACUGGGACAACAUGCGCAAAAGUGUAAUUGCUCACUGUGAUCAGAUGUUGAGCAUGUACCAGGACACUCUUGCAGAGCUUGGGAAGCAUACAGGUUCUUCCUUUAAGUCAAGCUGUAGCAAAGGAGAAAAAACACUAGAAUUCAUCCCAAUAAAUCUUCAUCUGCAAAGAAUGCAUGUGCAUAGUCCUCGAUUGAAAGAUGCUCUGUAUGAUGUUAUCACCGUGGGAGCCCCGGCAGCGCAUUUCCAAGGAUUUAAGAAUGGUGGUCUACGGAAACUGCUGAGUAAAUUUGAGGCAGAAAGACGAAAUACUGGAUACCAGUGUAUUUACUAUUCACCUGAAAACACAGCCAAGGCAAAAGAAGUUCUCAGCAACAUCAAUCAUCUGCAACCUCUCAUAUCAAGCCAUGCAGACCUGCUGCUUAGCUCUGCAAGCCAACGUUCUCCAGACAGCUUGAAGAAUUCUUUAAAGAUGCUUUCAGAAAAAACGGAGUUAUUUGUGCACGCAUUCAAGGACCAGCUGGUCAGAAGUGCCCUUUUAGCACUGUACACAGCCCGGCCUGGCUGUGUCCUCAAGAAACCAGCUGUGCCUAGAAACAGUGAGGAAGAAGGGGCUGAUGCACAGCACCAGGAGCAUCCUUCUCAGAUUAAGAGGCAGGACUCUAUACCUCAUCAUUCUGAGUAUGAUGAGGAAGAGUGGGACAGGGUGUGGGCCAAUGUGGCAAAGAGUUUGAACUGCCUUAUUGCCAUGGUGGACAGACUGCUUGAAAAAGAUAACAUCAGCAACAUUCAAGAGGGUGAAAAUGAGCCUUCAGCAGCAGAUUGCAAGGUGUUGCAUACAGGUGGUGACUGGUAUGAGCAGCUGUACCCACUGGUGAUUACACUGAAGGACUGCAUGGGAGAGGUGGUGACCAGGGCCAAGCAAUCCAUGGCGUUUGUCCUGCUCCAGGAACUUGCCUGUGGUUUACCCCAGUGUUUGAUGCUGACCCUAAGAAGAGACAUCGUCUUUAGCCAAGCACUCGCUGGAUUGGUCUGUGGAUUCGUAAUCAAAUUGCACACAGGUUUACAUGAUCAAGGAUUUUUACAACAGCUUCAUACUGUUGGAUUGCUUGUGCAAUAUGAAGGACUCCUUAGUACAUAUAGUGAAGAAGCAGGGAUGCUAGAAGACAUGGCUGUGGGCAUUUCAGAUUUGCAGAAAGUAAUGUUUAAAGUAAUUGAAGCCAAAUCAGAAGAUUUUUUGCCUAUUAUAACUGGAAGGCGUGAACAUUACAUUAUAGAGGUCCAGCUUCCAGCCAAGAUGUUUGAGCUGCUGCCACAAGAGAUUAAAGAAGGAAAGCUGCUUCGCAUGUAUCCAGUGCUCUUUAAUGUUGGAAUCAAUGAACAGCAAACACUGGCAGAGAGGUUUGGAGAUACCACUUUGCAGGAAAACAUUAACCAGGAAAACUUAGAACUUCUCAAAGAAUAUUACAAGUUAUUUACGGAAAAAAUGCCUCCUGAUUGUUUACCACAUUUUCAAGAACAAAAUGAUUUAAAGGGAUUGCUAGAAAGUCUUCAUCAAAAUAUCCAGGCCAAAAAGAGAAAAAAUGUAGAAAUCAUGUGGCUGGCUGCAACGAUCUGCCGGAAGCUGAACGGAGUGCGCUUCACCUGCUGCAAGAGUGCCAAAGACAGGACAUCCAUGUCGGUGACACUGGAGCAGUGCUCCAUCCUGAGGGACGAGCACCAGCUGCACAAAGACUUCUUCAUUCGGGCGCUGGAUUGCAUGAGGAGCAGACAAACCCAGGGAGCACUGAACGAAUCGGAUGAUCCUGAAACAGGCUGUCUAACUGAUAACAAGCCAACUUCUCGACACUUCUAUCCUGUCGCCUUGCUGCUUGUCAGCUCACACUUGCUGGUUGUGUGGCUUAUUUUAAGUCUUGCUUUGCUAUUAGCCAAAUAUCAAUAA